AGGAGGAGGGAGGAGGCGGUAACAGCCACAACUCGGAAUUUGCAAGCGAGUGUCGGGAUGGGGUCUGUUUCCAACCAGCAGUUUGCAGGUGCGAAGCCGGGCGAGGAGCCGGCAGGAGACUCGCCCAAGGCCGAGAACGAGUCCCAGCCCCUGCACGGCUCCGGCAUCUGUAAAUGGUUCAACGUCCGCAUGGGCUUCGGCUUCCUCUCCAUGACCGCCAAGGGCGGCGCGACCCUGGACUCCCCCGUGGAUGUCUUCGUGCACCAGAGCAAGCUCCACAUGGAGGGUUUCCGCAGCCUGAAGGAGGGAGAAGCUGUCGAGUUCACCUUCAAGAAAUCAUCCAAAGGUUUGGAGUCCAUCCGGGUGACCGGCCCCGGGGGCGUCUUCUGCAUCGGCAGCGAGAGGAGGCCCAAAGGGAAGAGCCUGCAGAAGCGCAGAUCGAAAGGAGACCGGUGCUACAACUGUGGUGGGCUGGACCACCACGCCAAGGAGUGCAAGCUCCCUCCGCAGCCCAAGAAGUGCCACUUCUGCCAGAGCAUCAGCCACAUGGUCGCCAACUGCCCCGUGAAAGCACAGCAGUCCCCCAGCUCGCAGGGAAAGCCCGCCUACUUCCGAGAGGAGGAGGACAUGCACAGCUCGGCCCUCCUCCCCGAAACCCGGGAAUGAUGGUGGGUGGCAGGGAGAGGGGGCUUCCACCGGGAUGAGAAGGCUUUGGCAAGGCAAGGGACAGCCACGGGGCUCGGAGGGGAAGGACUGGGGAGGGGAGGUGGCGGUGGGGACCUGGUGUCCCUGCACAGACCUUUCUCCCAUGCCCAGGCUGGGAAAAGCCCCGUUAGCAUCAGGAUGGCUUGUUCCAAAAUGGGAAGGUGGAGCGCAACACACUUUUUCCCCGCUAAAAACCCCAAAUUUGAUUAAUCUUUAUUCUUUUCCUAAGUUAAGCCAGGCAGUUGUGUCUUGGGGAGGAGGAGCAGAGGGGCAACAUCCCAGGGAGGAGCUCAUGGCUCCUUGUUCUCCUGAGCUUCAAGCAGGCUCUGGCACAGCCUGGAUGAGCUGCAGGGAACCCGUUCCUGUGCCUGCCCCGGGAGGGAGGCUGAGGGAAAGGCUGCCUAUGGAGCACCAGGGAGAUGCCCGUGGGCUGGUCCCGCGGCUCCCUCUGCUCCUCAUGACUUCUCACUUUCAGGGAGGUGUGAGGGUUUGUGGUUUUUCCAUGGCUGCUCCACCACUAACAGUAGCUGAGCUGGAUUUGGGUUCAUUCUGGGAGGAAAUGGAUCAUCUCUUGGGGCUGCACUAACACCACCUGUUUGUGGUGCUGUGAGCUGCAGCUUGGGAGAGAGCAAGUCAAAGGAAAAACCACUUUUUUUUCCCCCCUAAUCCUCCCCAAGUGCCAGCCCAGAGAGCACAAGGUGUUUAAUGCAGCCAGCUCCUCCCCUCUCAGGCUUCUCGCAGCCUCCAGAACUUGGAGCUGGGGAAACCCCUCUGCUCCUCCUGCCUAUCCCACUCUGCAGAACCCGCUGGCUCUGGGGCUCAGCCUCCCCAGAGACAGGGGACGAGGCUGUCCUGGGUUAGUGGCUGCUGUCUCCCCUCCCCACAGCCCUUUCCAAGUCUUGCCUUUAUUUAUUGGCCCCUUCUCCCGGGGAGUCCCCGGGCCGUGCCGAAGCCAAGGCCAAGUGAAAGCUGCACUAGGACGUGCGUGAAUGACGUAUCUUUGGGUUUGUUUGUCGUCUUUG